AUGGCUUCCCAGCAGCAGCGGCAUCCCUUUGCUGCAGCUCAGGUGGCCGAGAAAGUCAUGAGGAGAGUUGAAAUUGCAAAGGUUGCUCGGAAUCUUCAAGACUGCCUAGCUUUUGCAAGCUUCAAGGCCCAAAACGGCUGGCAAGAUCGAACCCUCUCGACCAUCGAGCCCGAGUUCACUGAAAAGUUGAAGAGAAAAAGACCAUUUCUGGAUGACGAUCUUGCAUCCGAUGGCUCCUCUGGGUCCGACGACGACUUUGUCCCCACCUCAUCCAUCGCAAGUAACCGCUUCUCGAAGCCUGCAAGUACCACAUUCAAAGUCCCUGGCCCUCCCUUCGGCUCGAGGAAAAGAGUCCGGGCCAAUUCCAUUGGCCUUGAAAGACCUUCCGACACCAUGACAUGGAAGCAAGACUACCGUCUGUCACAAUCCUCGCCGGUACUAGGCCGCUCACAGUCUAUCCAAGAGCGUGAGCCCUUCCAAGCAGACACGCCUACACUUCCUCACUCUGCACACGACGAUUCUCCUAUGUUUGAUGUUCACUCCGACGACGACGACCAUCCCAUGCCGUCCUUUGCAAACGAACCGUCCAGCAGUAUUCUAUCCUCAUCUCCUCCUCGAACUCCUCCGCCUACGAAGCGUUUGCUCAAUGCCAAUCCUAAACAAGCUGGAGCUGACCUUCUUCUUUACCUUGCGAACUCGCCAUCUCGCUCCCCAGCUAUAAAUCUUCAUCAGCCUCUGAUGGACCCCCCCUCCACCCCCCCUUCUCAACAUACUCACCUACCUUCAUCAGUCAUGACCACGCCGGGAACUAGUCUUGGAUUAUUCAAUGGUGCUCUACAGACUCCGGGACAGAACUUCAAUUUGGCCGACUUUUGCAAUGUAACUCCUUCUCCUGGCCCCGCUCAAUGGGGUGGACGGACCCCAAAACUUGCAAAGACCCCUAGUCGAUUUGCACGAAGGUCUUUGAACUUUGACACACUACAGCCACCAUCUGGUAGCCCAACACUACAACGGAAAGCACCAUCGAAUCAUGGUCUCGCUUUGCAACUUGGAGAUGAACUCAUUCCACGCUCGUAA